AUGGACAGACUAUUCUCCAAAAGCACUUCCCCCCAGCCCGUCUACACCUUUGCCCUCGACAGCUCGGGGGAAACAAUCACCUGCGCAGGCCGACCAGCCUUCCAGCUCGCGACGCAGAAAUCCAAACCGCAUCUCACCGUCUCGCGUCUCCCGCCGCCAGGACCAUGGUCCCCCGCGCCUGUCCCCGUCGGAACCUGCACCGUCCACAAAUUCCCCUCUAGCAAGGUGGACAUCACACUUCACGGGCAGGAAUUCAUGCUCAAGCGCGAUCUCCUCAAAAGCGAUAACCACCACUUCGAUUACCCGCCGCUAGGGCACUUCAAGUGGAAGCCCGAUGCAUGGGGCGGGAGUAAGCUGGAGUUGUUUGACAGUGGCCGGCGGUUGUUAGCACGCUACGACAAGAAGCUCUCGUUGACCGGGAAGGGGCAGCAGAUCGAAGUGUUUGUGCCGGGGGACGAGCGGUUCGUGGAGAUGGUGAUUGUGACGGCGUUGGCGAUGAGGCAUUAUAUCGAGGUGGAGAAUAAGGAUAUCCAGAAAGUGACGGACAUUCUUGAGGCUGUGGCGGGGGGGUAA